UGGUGGAGUCCAGUGGAUGGGGGGUGAUAAAAGCCGGGGGACGGAGGGACUGGGCAGCUGAGUGCCAGGCAACCUCAAGCGUCGAGAUGAUGUGGAGACUCCACCAGCCUCUUCUCCUGCUCCUGUCCUUCUCGUUGGCCCAAACAGGUGAGUGCAACCCCCACCCCACCCCCGCUUAUGAGCUCCUUUCGAGCACCUUUGGGGCCAAGCCCACCUCAUUCCGUCUGGUGCUUAGGUCACCAAGGCAGCAGCACCAGAGGCAGGUGACAGCAGCGAGGGCAGAAACUGAGCUCACCUGUCUUGGCUCCUGGAGACGUCUGACCCAGAGUCCUGCUCUUGGUCUCUAAUGAAUCCACCCUCUCACUUACCCAGGCUUCAUCCCAAGCCCACUGGCUUUACAGCGCCCCUCCCUCCCCCCACAAAAAGAGUAGACAAAUGACGCUUGGUUCACCAGCUAACCAGGAUUCCCACCCAUCUCCCUGUCGGUCUUCCAGACUUUGUUCCAAGCUCCUGGCUUCACAGGGCAUCCAAAACAAAAGGGACAGACAAAUGAAUAGAGAUAUGUCAAUGGCUCGUUAAGAGGGGGAAAUGGAGCCUCCCUCUUCAGGACCAGAAUACCUGAUGAAACCCAAACCUGGGGGCGAACAAUAGGGGAAGACCGCGGGCAAUGCUCAUGACUUUGAGAUUAAGAGUCUGAGCCAGGAGGGUGAGGGAACAGAGAGGUGCAGUCAGUGCAGACAAUACAGGCAGCUUCCCAUGUUCCUAUUUAUUUCCCCUUCAUCGACUUCCUCACUGGCAACACAGAUUGUAAUUGACUGUAAGCCCGAUGGGACGGUGGCCUUUUGCUGCCCCCCUGACUCUGCAUAUGUGGGUGACACCCUAGAACUUCCAGGAAGGAGCUGCAGGAGCUGAUUUCUGCAAUACGAUUCUUGCAGAUCCAUUGCGGAGUCAGAUUGUUGGGGGGCACGAAGCCAAGCCCCACUCCAGACCCUACAUGGCUGCCUUGAAGAGCAUCACAGGCAAUUUCACCUGUGGCGGAUUCCUCGUGACGCCCCAGUGGGUCAUGACAGCUGCACACUGCAAAAAAUACGGGUAAGUAUCACAAAUCCCUCCCUGGUUUUUAGGAGGGGUGAUGAACAUUAUAGAAUUGUAGAGCUGUAGCCCAACCCCCUGCAAUGCAGGAAUCUUCUGCAAAACAUGAGAUCGAGAGUCUCAUGCUCCAUCUACUGAGCCAUCCCAGCCCAGUUGAGUCCAGGGUAAAGGUGGAAGGGCCAAUGUGUGGAGUCUGGUCUUUUGCCCAGGGGCUGGGAGGGGACUGAUCAUAGAAUCAUAGAAUCAUAGAGCUGGAAGAGACCACAAGGGCCAUCAAGUCCAACCCCCUGCCAAGCAGGAAACACCAUCAGAGCACUCCUGACAUAUGGUUGUCAAGCCUCUGCUUAAAGACCUCCAAAGAAGGAGACUCCACCACACUCCUUGGCAGCAAAUUCCACUGUCAAACAGCUCUUACUGUCAGGAAGUUCUUCCUAAUGUUUAGGUGGAAUCUUCUUUCUUGUAGUUUGGAUCCAUUGCUCCGUGUCCGCUUCUCUGGAGCAGCAGAAAACAACCUUUCUCCCUCCUCUAUGUGACAUCCUUUGAUAUAUUUGAACAUGGCUAUCAUAUCACCCCUUAACCUCCUCUUCUCCAGGCUAAACAUGCCCAGCUCCCUUAGCCGUUCCUCAUAAGGCAUCGUUUCCAGGCCUUUGACCAUUUUGGUUGCCCUCCUCUGCACACGUUCCAGUUUGUCAAUGUCCUUCUUGAACUGUGGUGCCCAGAACUGGACACAGUACUCCAGGUGAGGUCUGACCAGAGCAGAAUACAGUGGCACUAUUACUUCCCUUGAUCUAGAUGCUAUACUCCUAUUGAUGCAGCCCAGAAUUGCAUUGGCUUUUUAGCUGCCGCGUCACACUGUUGGCUCAUGUCAAGUUUGUGGUCAACCAAGACUCCUAGAUCCUUUUCACAUGUACUGCUCUCAAGCCAGGUGUCACCCAUCUUGUAUAUGUGCCUCUCGUUUUUUUGCCCAAGUGCAAUACUUUACAUUUCUCCCUGUUAAAAUUCAUCUUGUUUGUUUUUGCCCAGUUCUCUAAUCUGUCAAGGUCGUUUUGAAGUGUGAUCCUGUCCUCCUGGGACAGGAUCCUGAUGCCUGGGAGCUCUGAUCCUGACGGAUGCAACCCUAACUGACGCUUGGUUCCCAGUAUUUCUAGAGUCGUCUUGGGUGCACAUGAUAUCUACGCUUCAGAGGACUCCCAGCAAGAGAUCAGAGUUGCAGCUUCCCACCCACAUCCAGAAUAUAAUGAGGUCACGUACUCAAACGACAUCCUUCUGCUUAAGGUAGCUUGGUCCAAGAAAUCUCUCACUCUAUCAGCUCCCAGAGGUCAGUGAUCCUUAAGGCAGAAGCAGCCAAAUGGUUCCUUCCAUCCCAUACGCGCACCAUAAUAAGCUAGAAAAUGGACAGUUUACUCAGGACAAAAUCCUGUCCCCAGAUACCCUGAAAUUUAUCUGCUUUUUAGAAGAUGGUUUUUAGUUGUUUUUAGGAUUUUUAAUUGUAUUGUUUUAGUACUGACAAAUUUGCUGCCCCAGGCUCCUCGGGAGAAAGGUGUAGGUUACAAAUUGAAUUAAUUACCAUUACAUCACGGGGAACCUAAAACCCACCAGGAGCGAUACCUGAAUGCCUUCCUCAUGCGCGGCACCAGAAAGAUUUUGAGUGUCACAUGGCAGGACAAAGAAAGAUGUGCUCUCCCAGGCACACAUUCCCAGCAUGUUUGCACUCCUCCUUCAGCGACAUCUAUGCUGGCUUGGUCAUGUCCAUGUGACAUGAAGGGUGGCACCAUCAACCCCGCCAUGUGGAAAUCCCUUGCAGACGGCCGCAGUGCCUGGAGACAGACCACCAGGUGGUGCAUCCCUAGCAGUGACCAGAGGAGGAAUGACCGCUGGGAGGAGCGCAGAGAGAAGAAACGCCCUGGCGCAUCUGCAGCAGCACAACCAGACGCCUUCAUCUGCCCCGGCUGCAAUGAAACAUGUCUUUCCUGCAUCCGUCUCUACAGCCGCAGCAGGCGCUGCAACCUCCCAACGAGGCUCACUCCAUUGUCUUUCGAGACAGACAGAGGCCAACAACUUGCUUACUUAAUUAACCCAGAGGCAGGCGCUCUGAGGCUAAGCAGCUUCAAAAUUUAGAGAGGACAGUUUCAGAGAAUGAUUUCAUGGAGGGCAGCAGUGAAAUCUUCCAGACCUUGUAACCAUUAGCAGCAACAGUGAAGGCUCUUUUGCUCUUGCUACUUAUUAAUGUUAUUCAACAUAGCAUUCAGAGAUUGCUCCGUCAACGCAAGGUGUUCUGCUGGCCUGAUGGAACAAUCUCCCCUCUUUUCUACCCAUGCAUUAUUCUCAGGGUUUUUAUGGCACCCCCAAAACUAAAUUACGGGUGCGGGGGGGGGGGGGGCUCCAUUGCAUUAACAGGACUCGUUGCACUGACUCCUGCUAGGGCAACCAUUUAGUUUUCUCCAAGCUGUUAAUCACUAAUAUUAUUAUUAGAGUCAUAUUCUAGAGGCACAGGGGUUUUUUUUUAAUCAGACUCCCUCAAGGGCUUCUUGUCGCAAUGCUAAGGUGCUCAUCUCUUCCUCAUCUCCCUCUCCUUUCCCCAGCUGGAUUCCGAGGCUGCUCUGAAUAAAGAGGUCGCUCUCCUGCCCUUGCCAGAAUCCAGCAGCGACAUCCCCGGUGGGAUGCCCUGCAGCGUGGCAGGCUGGGGCAAGAUUGAAGACGGCCAAUACCCAGGGAAACUCUAUGAGGCCACCGUCACCCUCUAUGACCGUAAGAAGUGCCAGGAGUUCAUGCCAGAUAUGGAUGAUGGAAUGAUCUGCGCGGGUGACCACAGGCAACCUCAGGAUGCCUCCCAGGUGAGGAUUGGCAGAAACAGCAGGUGAUGGGAUCAGAAGUGGGGAGCCUGGGCAGCUGAGUCAGGCCAUUGGGUCCAUCCUGCUCAGGCUUUCCCAGAUCUAUCAGAAACUGGGAUGGAAAGGGCCCCGAGGGUCAUCUAGUCCAACCCCCUGCAGCGCAAGGAACUCAACCAGAUCCUACAUGGCAGAUGGCCAUCCAGCCAUCUAGGAUUCUAGCCCUCAUGGUUCUGGUUAAGGGGCUGUCUUAAAUAGAAACUGAAAUCGCUCAGUAUUGUCUACUGACUGGCAGGGUUUUCGACUGGAGUGUUUCCUAGUCAUGGCUGGAGAUUCUGGGGAUGGGGCAUGAGACGGGUGGAGAGCCCUGUGCUGGAGCAGAGCAAGGGAAGGGGAUAAUUCUGCAGUCCAGCAAGGUGGACAUGGGCAGACACUUAGACUUGGCCUGACCAGCCCAGUGGCUCUGGAUCCUGUAUGCCAGGCAUGGCCAAACUUGGCUCUCCAGAUGUUUUGGGACUACAAUUCACAUCACCCCUGACCAAUGGCCCUGUUAGCGAGGGAUGAAGGGAGUUGUAGUCCCAAAACAUCUGGAAGGUCACGUUUGGCCAUGCCUGCUGUAUGCCAAUCCACAUAUGAGGUUGUCAAAGGCUGCUGUUCAUUUCUGUGCCGCAAGGGGGCUCAGAAUGUGGAGGUGUUGCGGCUAUUUGGGGUUGUAUCUAAGUCCUGCUCAAAGUAGACCAAUUGAAAUUAAUGUUCAUCAUGUCUAUUGACUUCUAUUGGAGUAGCAACUCUAGGUCUGGUUCACAUUUUAAACGUAAACUGAGCUUUAUUUGCCCUUCCCAAACUCAAACCAGAACCGAAAUUGAGCUACUCUUUGAAGCUUAUUUGAUAGUGGCCCAAAGUACACUUUCAAAGAAUGGUGCACAUUCAGCAGAAACCACCCGUGGGAAUGCAUAUACUUGUAAAAUUAAUGUACAAAAAUGCAUUACAUUAUAGGGAAAUUGUCUACCAAAAAUUUAUCUUAAGAGAAACAUGCGCAAGAAUCCCCACUCAGCUCCCUGGGCGACCUUGGGGGCUUGUCACUAACUCAGCCUGGCCUCCCUCACAAGGGUGCGGGGUUUGUUUGCUUUUUGGAUAACAGGGAGAGGAAAGGAGAAGGCCACCUUGAGCUCCUUGGAGAAGGCGGCCAAUAAAUGCAAUCAAUAUUUAUUUUGGGUAGGCUCAGAGAGACUGCAAAGUGAUCCAGGAAAAGCAGCAAAUCACAUUUUAUACUGGAAUAAUUAGAAAGCAAAGUUGACAGAUCCAACUACCCUCAGCCAGGAAGCCUGGUGGUCUCUGUCCUGGUUCAAGACCCAGAUUCCCCACAGGGUGGAUCCCGAUCUUCCCUCAGAUGUGAUCUCUGCUCUCUCUCCCUCCUGCAGGGGGAUUCGGGUGGCCCCUUGGUGUGUGACGGCGUGGCACAAGGAAUUGUCUCCUUUGGCGACUCUUCCUCUCCUCCAGGAAUUUACACUCGUGUCACCCACUACCUUUCCUGGAUCAAGGAAGUCAUGGAAUUGUGAAGAGAAGAAGCAACAGCAGUGGCAUCAUUGCUUCUUCUUUUUCAAACGCUUCUGCUUCCUGUCUUGCCUGCUAGGCUUGCAUUCUGCAAAGAGACCCCUCAAGGGCUGCAAAGGAAUAUGAUACAUCUACCAGAUGUUUAGUACAGGAUUGUGUUUUCACAAGUGCCUGCAGUGGCUCCCACCCACUUCAAGAAAAUCCCUCAGCCUCCUCCCGUAUUCUUCCCGCCCUUAUUUCCCAUCAUACCUCUUCCGGUGACCUUUGCUGUUCCACUUCUCCCACCCUCAGGUGCCCAGAGGUCUUUCCUCUCCCUUAAAACUAUUCUGCCCCUUCUCCCUCCCUAAUCUGGAAACAUGGGCCUUGUGAUUCUGCUCCCUUCUCCCUCCAGCAGUUUCCUGUAAGUGGCAAUCUUCAUAUCAAGAGCCAUCUUUGCAUUCGGCAGGUCUUGGUACUUGGGCAGAUGGGGAGCCAUUUCUCCCUCUCAGAGCUCCAUAGAUCUCCAGCUCCCUCAAGUGCCUUGUCCCAUUCUCGCUUGCUUCCCCUCGUGCAUGGAUGGGGACCUGUGGCCCACAUAAGGCUGUUGAACUGGAACUCACAUCAUCCCUGGCUUUUGGUCAUGUUGGCUAGGGCUGAUGGGAGGUGGAGUCCAGCAACAUCUGGAAGGCCAAAAGGUUGCCUACGCUUCACCUUAGAUGAUUCCACUCCCUCCCUCCCUACUUUCUCUUCCUUAGGCCUGGAGGUCUGACCCAGAGCCCCAUAAAUCUGCCAUUUGAGCCUUGCACUCCAGGACAGGUUCGUGUUAAGCCACUCAAGGUUGUGAACUGUGGGACUUUGUUGUCUCAUUCAGCUGAGGCGGUGGGGUGUGUCAUUUUAUUUCAGCCCUAGAAGAUUUCCUGGAUGCAUUUGCUCAGCCCCCAAAAGGAUUCACCUCCCACCUCUAGGAUUCCUAGGCACUUUUACAAAAGACCUUGGCACCCACAACAUCUUAAAAUGGGAGUUCACAGUUACCAUUUCACACACCAAGCCACUUAAGGGUACGUGUGAUGGAUUGUAGAAAUUUAAUUCAGCUAAGAUGUAAAUGUAAACUUCUCUGAAUUUUGCCGCAUAGGUCUCCAGCCAAGUAAUUGUGCACAAGUGACGUGUGUCUGUUAAUGCAUGUAAUAGUGAAAACAAACAUACCAAACUGCAUUAUUUUAGGGGGAAUUGCUUUGCCAAUAUGUGCAUAUUUUGCAAAAUUGCAUGUGGAAUAUAUCAUGAGCAACUUGAAUUAAAAUGCUGAACAUUUGCCAUGUCACAUAUUACUGCUUUAUACUGUAUGUGUUGCCUAGAUGGGGCCUCGAUCUGGAUCCAACCCUAUGCUUAUUAACCUUCUUAGAGGUGAUAGGACCCACUUAAACUCUCUGUAGGGAAUGGGGGAAAUUCAGUUUGCUAACCCCACCUACUUCAAGCUUCCCAGAACAAACAAGAAUUAACAAAAUUGUCCAUCUCUACUGAGAAUCUGCUGGCACCCAAACAUGAGAUAGAAGGCAUCCCCCAGAGACAUCUAGUAGUCCAACCCUCUGCAAUGCAGGAAUCUCAACGAAAUCAUCCGUGACAGAUGGCCGUCCAAGCUCUGCUUAGAAACUUCCAACGAAGGAGAGUCCACCACCUCUUGUGGGAGUCUG